CCUCCCUCCCACGGCGGCCUCUGUCAGCAGAGGCAUGUUGCUGCGUGUCCCCGCCGGAAGCCCCACACUGCUUCACUGUCUUUUCUUGCGUGGAUUUUGAAACUUUUCACAUCUCACCGUCAGUGAUUUUUGGUGUCAGUGAGGGGGACCCAGGCGUUGACUGGUGACGUCACACAAGACCCUCUGCUUCGUCUUCAUAUUUGGCGGAUAGUGGGGGGAGUCACGAGGGAGGGGGACGACCAUGGGAUUCUACGGCACUUUGAAGCUCAUCUUCUUCAAGAUGAAGAGGAAGCUGGAUCAUGGCCCAGACGGACGAACCUUCUCCUCUGGCAAGAAGCAUUGCAAAGGCAACGGCUACUUCAGUCCUUCCAGUCUGGUUCAGGCCACACCCACUACAUUUGGGGACCUCCGGUUGGCCAACGGGCAUUCGGCCCAGCGGCGGCGCGUUACCUCGGGCCCACCCCCCUUUGGUCUGCAGGAUUGGCUUCACAUGUUUCAGGCAUGGAGCGGUCCCGAGAGGCUGCUGGCUCUGGAUGAGUUGAUUGACAGGUGUGAAACGGGCCAGGUGAAGCACAUGAUGCAGGUUAUUGAGCCGCAGUUCCAGAGAGACUUCAUAUCCCUGCUCCCCAAAGAGCUGGCUCUGUACGUGCUGAGCUUCCUGGCUCCCAGAGACCUGCUGCAAGCUGCCCAGACCUGCAGGUACUGGAGGAUCCUGGCUGAGGACAACUUGCUAUGGAGGGAGAAGUGUCAUGAGGAAGGUAUAUCAGAGCGCUCGUCUCCUCGCCGCAGGAAGUGCGCGAUGCCCGGUGGAGCGGUCAGCGCAUGGAAGUCGACUUAUAUCCGACAACACCGCAUUGAGAACAACUGGAGGAAGGGGGAUACGAGGGAGGCGAAGCAGGUGUUGAAAGGUCACGAUGACCACGUGAUCACCUGUCUACAGUUCAACGACGACCUCAUUGUCAGCGGCUCUGAUGACAACACGCUCAAAGUGUGGUCAGCUGUCAGCGGCAAGUGUUUGCGUACGUUGACGGGUCACACAGGCGGCGUGUGGUGUAGUCAGAUGGCACUCACCACAGUCAUCAGCGGCUCGACCGACCGGACGCUGCGGGUGUGGAACGCCGAGAGCGGGGAGUGCAUCCACACGCUCUACGGACACACAUCCACUGUGCGCUGCAUGCAUCUGCACGGCAACAGGGUGGUGUCGGGCUCCCGGGACACAAUGCUGCGUGUGUGGGACGUGUCAACGGGCCGCUGCGAGCACGUGCUGACGGGCCAUGUGGCAGCGGUGCGAUGCGUCCAGUACGACGGGCGGCGUGUGGUCUCGGGGGGCUAUGACUACAUGGUGAAGGUGUGGGACCCCGAGACGGAGAUGUGUCUGUACAAUCUGCAGGGGCACACCAACAGAGUGUAUUCACUGCAGUUCGAUGGCGUCUUUGUGGUGAGCGGCUCUUUAGACACAUCCAUCCGAGUGUGGGAUGCAACGACAGGUGGGUGUGUCCACACACUAACAGGCCACCAGUCACUGACCAGUGGCAUGGAGCUACGUGACCACAUCCUGGUGUCCGGGAACGCCGACUCCACUGUGCGAGUGUGGGACAUCCGGACAGGACAGUGUCUCCACACACUGCAAGGGCCCAACAAGCACCAGUCAGCAGUGACGUGCUUGCAGUUCUGCAGAGGUCUGGUUCUGUCUAGCUCGGAUGAUGGGACGGUCAAACUGUGGGACCUCCGGACCGGCGCCUGGCUGCGGGACGUGGUGGCAUUACAGAGUCGUAGAUCAGGUGGCGUGGUGUGGCGCAUCAAAGCUUCUGACACCCGGCUGGUCUGUGCCGCUGGCAGCAGGAACGGGACAGAGGGGACCAAACUGCUGGUGCUGGACUUUGACUUGGACGACCGACAGAUAGACAGGAAGAGACAGACCGAGCCAGACAAGGACGACGGGAAAGAAGAUUUUAUUUUCUAAAAACUGACGUGCUGAUUGACCAAAGUCUGGAGCGGCAGUGAAUGUGAAGGUGGCUGUUUGAUAAAGCUAAACAUUGUCAUGACAACAACUGAAUGUUGCGAGGAUGAAUGUAGCAAGAGGAGGCGGGACUUAUUGCUGCUAGCCAAUGAGGCGCUCAACACGCAUCCAAGGGCACCAACUCAUCAGUGUUGCCACAGCAACAGACCUCUUUUUGCAUCAGUGUUGUUCGGUGUAUUUGGGCGAGUAUGGAAGUGGGUAUGGGUAUGAAAUCAGUGGACAAGAUCAUUGGGGGGGUCGUUUCCCUCUUUUGGUCUGUAGUCAAUCAAUUUAUUUUUCCACAUAUCGUAAAUUUUCCAUCUAGUGCAAACUCUAAUUGGCUUUUUGUCCAACUGAUGCCUGUUUAAGCUAAUCAAUGGGAAUUGUGAUGAUUUGGGACUUAAUUACCACUGAAUAAUGAACACCACAAGGCCAGAGAUCAUCCACAAAUGAAAUAGUUUUAACAAGGCAAUAGGAUCGAUAAUUAAAAACAGUUCCCCCUGCCAGAUAUGAAGCUGAUGGGAUAUGUUGCCAAGCAACACCUACAGCCAAUGAGGGGAUGUCUGGUGGUGUUCGCCCUCGCAACAAGUGUUAUCAGCACAUAUUUUCAUCUGUGGAUGUUGGGUUGUGUGUGUGUGUGUGUGUGUGUGUGUGUAUACAGUGUAAAUAGCAAAAAAGGGUGUACAUAUUCUGAUUUUUCUAAACUAACACUAAUGGUGGAAUGAGGAGCAAGAUGGACGCAAGUGUCAAUAAAGAGAACUUUUGUAAAAUGCGGACUCAUUGAUGAUGAUAAUGAAGAGUCACCCAGAUUCUUCACUUCUAUGCCUGGGAAGGAAGUAGCAGUUGCCAUGGUAACUCCCUGCUAUCAUUCAUUGCAUGUUCUUUCUCUUGCACUGUUCAUUAACAAGACUAACCCUGUGUAUGUUUUACUUAUUUCGCAGCACCUUCUGACAAUAAGCCAGCAUCUUCCUCUUACGACAGUUGGUUUUACCGUCAUCACUGGUAAAGGUGAGGUUUGGAUCCUAAAACGGACUAAUCAUGUGCACUUGAACCAGAAUGAUGUCCAUGGAAAAGAUGCUGCAGCUACAGCGUGAUCACUUAAUUGUAAUGCAACGUGGCAGUUUGAUGCUGUCCGAUUUAAAAUGCCUGAUGGACGUUUUUUUUUUUUUAUCCAAGGCACUCAAGCUAAUUGAAAGAAACCCAACCAAUCGAUGUAAUUCAACUAAGUGACUCAUGCUGGCUGAGGCUCAGUCUGUUACCGUGGCUACUGGCCGUCGUUUUAAGCAACAGUGUAACUUAAGUCGCACACUCAUUUAAUUUGUGCUAAAGUAUGAAAGCAAAAAGCUGGCACGGUAGGUAUUUGGCUAGCUCUAGUGGUGCAAGCAUGAACUGCAACAACUGGUCCUGUAGGGUUGUAGCAUUUUACUUUUUUCGUCCCUGAUGCCCCAUGUUAAGUUGACAAUUGUUUG